CAAAGGAAAAUCGCAAACAGACGCGUGUUGCAAUAGAUAUUUGCGGUGCAGGGCAUGUCUCUACGAUUCAUCUGUAUCGAGGUACGCCAAAGUCUGCGAUGUGCCAAUGUAUUUCUCCAGUUCGAUCACAGUCUAACCGAGACGGAAUUUCUCAAAAUUGUUGUAGACAAUGAUGCGCUGACCUUCCGUGAAUACUCAACAGCUACACGGGUUGUACUUAGCAAAUAUUUCACCGCAGAGGCGCGCACUAUAAGCAACUUGACUGUUGAAGAAUGUAAUGCCAGCUUUCGAUUAACCAUUACCAUUGAUGGUGAUCAAUUAACUGCAAAGGAUGCAGCAAAGCAAGUAAAAAAUGAACGACGUGUCGGUGUCACACCCAAGCCAGGUGUCACAGAAGGAAGUUGCAUUCAAGUCUUAUGCAAAAAUUGUAAAUGUGAACUUAGCACAACAUUUGAAUGCCAAAGAGUUAGAGAAUUCCCAUCUGGUUCGAUCGACAUCAGUGAAUUUUUUUGCCAUCAUGGUCCCAAUUUCGACAAAGUUUUAGUGCCCCUGAUUACCGAUUUAUUUUAUGGCUUCCAGUUUGCUGUACUUAAUGUGGAGUUGGUGCAGGAACAGGUAAAACUUAAGGAUAAACAUGUGUACUGUCGACGAUGUUUACAGUAUCUGGGGGAAACAAUGCUUAGUUAUAAGGCCGUGAAGUUGUGGACUGACACCCUGCUCUUAAAGCAGCGCUUAGAGGAAGCCGAAUCGAUCAUAACAAAUAUCUUUGUUGAAACGGAAAUCACACCAACUUGCCAGGUUUUAUAUAAAAUCAUUGAUGACACCCAAGUAAGCGAUGCUGUUGGUGAACUUUUACUUCCAGCUAUUCAGUUCUGCAAAGUUCUAUUAGAAGCCACAUUUCCAAACAGGCAACGCAAAUAUAUGCUGUUGCAAGUGCUCGAAAAGAAAUUAGAGGUGCUGCGUAACACCAAACCACUCGCUCAUGGAAGUCACAACAAUAAUAAUGUAUUGCAAGUACAAUUGGAGCAAUUCAAAUGCUUUAAACUACUUUAUAGACUACUGGAUGAGACGGAAGAUGAAGGUGGAGGAGAUACCAAAACUGAAGAUAAAGACAGUGAUGGCAGUAGUGACAAUUUACUUUUGAAGACUUGGAAAGAGGAUAUGUCCAUACAUGUACUAAAGGUGUCGCCCACAUUAUUUAGCACACUGUUAGACGAAUUGGAUGACAAUGCGCUAUUAUUACCCGAAUUGUAUCGUUAUACCCAUGACCAUUUUCAGCUGAGUUACUUAUUUUAUAAAGAUUAGAGAAAGAGUAAUGGAGCGAGGUUAAAUGACGAUGGACUGGCUUAAUUAUUUGCUUACAACUCUUUGUUAUAGGUUUAUUUUGAAUGUAUACAUUUCUACGUAUGUGCAUACAUAUAUUCACAAUUUUCGUGUUUAUUUAUAACCAUACACUUGCAAUGCGCUUAUUUUUUCUAAGAUUGUAAUCAACAAUUAAAUAGUAUGAUUUGUCUCUCAUUUUAAAUCGGAGUAGACUCAGAUUGGUAUACAUACUACAUACAUAAGUUUAAUUGCAGCAAUAAGUAAAUUAUCAUAUACAUAUGUUUGUAAAUGUACGUAUUUAGUGUAUAAUUAUGUUUGCAAUUUAAUUAUAAUUUGAAAUACUAAGUAUUGUAGUCAAAUAAAAUGUGUUCAUAUCGCUUCGAAAUCUUAACAUUUACAGAAUGUCAAUAAAAAUUGCUGGACGAAAAGAAUUAAACUAGACAAGAAAAGAUAAUGUGUUUUUUUUUUGGUCCUCGAUAUUUAUGCUUACAUUUCCUAUUCAGCUUUAUCAGCGCCUCUAAGGGUUCGCCAACUCCGUACGUACACGUGUUAAUGACAUAUCUAUAGAAAUUGUGAAAAAAUGUGAUUUUCGUUUUUUUAAGUGAAGUAAUUUUAAUGUGAAUAUACAGGCAUGUAUGCAAAGUAUUGUUGUAGAUCCUUUGAAAUAGAGUUUGUAACUCGAUUUGAAAUCGUAAGAUUUGCAGAACAUACCUGAUAGUUAACUAAAAAAAAAUCGCUGUCUAGUAAUGAGAAUUCCAAAUAUUAUUUUUGUUUUAGAUUUGUUAGACGUACUACAAAAACAAUUAUUUUUAUAAUAUAUAUACAUAUUAUGUUUUGGUAGAAAGCAGGAGGCGAGAGUGAACAUUUCUUAAGGCUUAGAGGCCUCAUCUUUGGGAUUUUUCAUUCACAGUAUUUGCUGUUUACGUAUGUGCUUUAUUAGACGUCUUCUUAAAUCAACAAAUCAUACUGAACUAACUCUUAAUAGUAAUGUAUGGUAUGUAUCUCAAUUUUUAUAAUAAAUUUUAAUUAAAUCUGUAGAACACUGAGUUCAUUUAAUUAACGAACUUAAUUCAGUUGAUUCAUGAAUUUCAAAUUUUUUAUUAUAAUCUACUUUAUAACACUUAUUACAUUUUAGGAGUAUUAUUUAAUUAACAAGUAAUUCCUAGCCAUCAGCAACCUACUAAUCUCACAUUUUGUCACUGCCUUCUCCACUUUACUUUGCCAUACGUCGCAUUUGCUUUGUUUGUUCUGACAUUGAAAUUUCUGCAUUAUCGGCCUUAUUAAUUAAUGCAUCUAAUUUGUCUAAAUGUGAGGUCAUCUUUUUCUGCAUAUCUAUUUUGGCUUCCCUAAUUCGUUCUGUCGGUAUAAUGGGCUUUA